GCAAAAUUCAUUGCCAGAGAGCCAAAUGCACAUGGAGUAAGCAGGUGAAAGGUGAACUUAGCAUAUGAUCCAUCCAACUGGUGGUUCACCCCUCUAAUAAGCCAAAAAAGAUCGGUGGACAAGGAUGAAUAGUUCACCUGGGACACUAAAAAAGGAUGAUUUUUUUUUUUUUUUUUUUAAUCAUGGGGGGUUGGUAGGUGCUCGAACAAUGGAAACCAACUUGUAGAGACGGUGUAGAUAAAACCAUUCGACUAAAGUAUCUAGAGUUAUAAAGAAAAAGGAACAAAUUUUGAAUUUUCAAAUAUGAAAAAAUCCUUCCAAUUUGAUAUGUUUCUACAAUUAAAUAAUUUUUUCUGCAUCCUCAUUUGUUUCAAUUCUUUAAAUUAUAUAGAAGGGAGUUAUUUGAUACUUUGGUAGAAUAUGCCAAUAUUAUUCACUAGAAUAAGCUACAGGUUGUUAUUGUUUUUUUUUUUUUGUUUUGUUUUUUCUUCUUCAUUUAUAAAUAGUAAUUUUUGUGCCCUCAUAUUUAUUUUCGUAGCUUUUGGUUAACCAAACUCAUUUUCUGGAGAAUUUUCUGGAAGUUACUAGUUAUUGGUUGACUAUAUACAAUCAGAUUGAUGAUUAUGGGCAAGAAGAGAAGUGGAGAAUGAAGAAACGGGUCUUUGCUUUCAUUGAUGUUGAGAAACUUGGAUCCAUCACAUUUAGACAGUUCUUGCUCGAAUCAACCCAUAUAAUGAAGCAGCCAUUGUUUCAGCAAGCUUGCAUAACAACCAUUAAUGGUUGUGAUGACGAAGGCAAGGGUUACAUCACAAACCAACAGGUAAUAUCUACUCCGUUGUUUUCCUGUAACAAGCUUUUUGCCUUUUUUGCCCCCUUGUCUCUGAUCCUAUUGUGUGCACCAUUAGGAGAUCUUAUCCAUUCUGCAAUGCCAAGCAUGAAUGACCAUAAUGUAUCUGAGCUAUUCAACUUGUUUGACAGUGACAAUGAUGGUGCUGUUAGUUCCGACAAUUUCAUGGCCUGCCUAAGAAGGAACCCACUGCUUGUUGCGCUCUUUGCUUCUAAUUCAAUGCAUUGUGGCUUGAUAGAAGGUGGAAAGCUAGUGAUUGCAUGAUGAUUAUAUGGGCAUAUUAAAGUCCCUGUGAAAUGCUUGAUGAUUGGCUUCUAAUUCAACGCUGUGUGACUUACAAUAGGUGGGAAACUAGAGGUUUUAUGAUGAACAUAUGGGAAUAUGAUUAAAUGAAAUGAACUAUGUUUGGCUUAUCUUGAAAUGAAAGUACUGUAACAAGGCUAUUGCUUUUGAUCAUUUUUAUUUUAUUUACAUUACUAAAAAAAAAAAAAAAGGCUGAUUGGAAAUUCACGCAAAUGAUGAUUGCUUAGGUGCUGUUAUUUUCAUGUAUUACAACAAAUUAGCCAAAAAAAGGGAGGGAAAUACAUCAUAUACAAAUGCUUUCUCUAUAUUACAGCACACUUGUCUCUAGUUUUGGA